AUGCCACCCUCCCGCUCCAGCAUAACGAGCGACAGCCACGAGCGCCUCGAGCCACGACUCCUACGCGCCGCAGAAUCAAACGACAUCGACUCCCUCAAAAAGAUAAUAGCCCUCGCCCACGAGUACAAUCAACUAACCGACAACUUCCUCCGCAUCGGAUUAAUGCGCAGCGCCGAACGAGCCUGCGUCGCAGCAACAGAAUGCCUCCUAACCCUCGGCGCCAAAACAGACGUCCCCUCCAACCGCGCCUCCCCACUCCUCCGCGCCGUCGAGCGCGACCACUACGAAAUCGUCCGUCUCCUCCUCGACCACGGCGCAUGUCCAGACUCCGCCGAUAAAGAAGGUCGCACGGCCCUCAUGACGGCCGCAUGGAAGAACCACGCUGAUAUCCUGCAUCUGCUCAUUAUGCGCGGCGCAGACGUUAAUAAGCGUGAUCUUCGCCGUCGGAAUGCGUUGCAUAACCUCGCCGCUGAUAAGGCUUGUCGGUGGGGUUGGGGGGAUGAGGUGGUGAGUUUGUUGUUGAGGACGGAGUGUCUUGUUGAUGGGCCUGGGGGACAGGAUGAGCUUGGGCGGACGCCGUUGCAUUGGGCUUGUGCGUCGGGGAAUUGGAGGUUGGCGGAGAUGUUGUUGACGAGGAAUGCUGGUGAGGGGGAAGGGGAGGGGCGGAGACCGGGACCGGGGCCGGGGCCGGCGGAGAUCGAUGCUGUUGAGCUGCGUGGUAAGACCGCGCUGCAUGUUGCUACGGCUCAUGACCGGGCGGAUAUCGUGCAGCUGCUGCUUGCGCACAAGGCGGCUGUUAAUGCUGCGAGUGAUGGUGGCUGGACGCCGCUUCAUAAUGCCUGUGAUAAGGGGUGUGAGGAUAUUGUGCGGAUUUUGGUGAGCGAAGGCGCGCAUAUCAAUGCACAGCUUCUAAAUGGUAUCACGCCGCUGCAUCUUGCUGCGCAGGGGGGUCAUCGCGAGGUUGUGGAGUGUCUUCUCGAGAGGCCCGAUCUGAAGCGCCGGGUUAAAGAUAAUUUUGGCAGUACACCGUUUUUGCGCGCGGCGCAGUUCAAGCGCAAGGAUAUUGUGCUGUUGCUUGCGCCGUUUAACAAUGUCGAGAGUCUUUCUGAUGAUGUUAAGGAGGCUUGUGCGGCGUUCGAUGCUACUGUUGUUGAUUUUGGAAACUUUCAUAAUGAGAAUCGGGUUAAGCGCAUGUCGGUGUUUAAUCUGCUUUAUGGGAGGGAUCGGGAGAAUCCUAGGAAACAGGCUGUUACCACUGUGCCGGUUGAUAGUCGUGUGACUGAGUUCCGGUGGAUUCACUUACCGGCCAACAAUAUGGCGUGGGUGGAAGCUCUGCUUACCAAGUCUUUUAUUGAGGAGGGGGCCCAUGAUGUUGAUGGGUUCAAGGGGCUGGAGAAGUCUUUCAACUAUCAACAUCGGGGUCAAAGGACCCACUCGCACUUUAUGCGGCCGUUGUGUCAGAAUACGCCGCGGACGAUGCUGCGGCGACAUGAAGAGGAGACUUCGGAGGAGCCUGUGUCUGAUCAAGGGCAGGUGAAGGCCAUGGAUAGCGCUGCCCGAAAGUCAAAAGGCACAGGCGGCAAGCCUGACAAGGCGGAUUCUUACUUCCACGAUGACGGGGCACAUGGAAAAAAGAGCAAAAACAACCAGAAGCGUGGCAAGUCGGGCAGCGCACCGGGAACUCCCAAGCAGGAGACGAAGGGGAAGUCACCAUGGGGCCAGAGCGAGAAACAGGCGAGGUCAUCACCCCUGUCUUCAUCAACCUUUUGCAAAGAUCCUCACCCUCUGGUUUCUGCAUGUAACGUCUGCGUGUUCAUGCCGUAUCUGCACUUCGAAACCACGGAGCGCAGACAAAAGAUGCAGGAUGCAAUCUCACGAGCAGAAACGCUGGAUUUUGUAUCUAAUGCGAUGAAGAGAAUGCGUACAAGAGACGAAAUGCUCAUCGACGCACAUCUAUCAUCCUCAACGACCUCCCUGCAUGUCCGCCGAACACUGGACCAGUUUUUCUACCCAAACAUCGAUACCAAGAGCCGUGAUCAGGAUCAAGUGGUGUACCGGUACCAAACAAAAAGCCCUGGAAUGGGCGCAGACCCCAAGAUAUUCAUGGUUGAUCAACUGUGGAUGUGGGUUCUAGGCACGAAUCUAAUUGUAACAGCCUUCCCGCAGAGAUGGGACCAGCCCAAGAAUGACCCGCUUAACGUGCUGGAUGGGAUUAUCGAGGAUAUCAAUUCCAAGACCCGAGACCCUGUCAAAUCCGUCUAUGAUCUAGCCAUGAUAAUCACCAAUCGAUGCUCGGGAGUCUUUGACCGACACCGCUUGGGCGACGAGGAGUACCAGUUCCUUGAUAUGUUCGAGUCAUCCAUUGGUAUAGCUACGGACAAAGAGACCGUGCUUUUUAACCAAUUCAACCACGCCUCCGGACAGGCAUCAGACUGGCUGAAAAGCCACCGGAAGCUGAACGGCUCCUUCAGCUCUCCGCCAAAGUCCCGCAAGGGGACAGACGACAAAGACGAAAGCAGCAACUACUGCGACGAGGACGGCCAGCCACUAUUCGUCGACCGGCUCCUGGAUAUCGGACAGGAAACAAAUCUCCUAGCGGAGACAAAGGACAUCCGAGAUGAGCUGAACAUGAUCCGGACGGUGCUGGAGCACCAGAACAAUGUCCUGCUCGACUUCCAAGAAGUCGUCUGCGAGACCUACCAAGGCCAGCACCGGUCACAAUUCGAGGUCAAGAAGCGGUUCAAAGACCAGCAGCGCAUGGUCGACAUGCAUCUGAAGGACAUCGACCGCAUGGAUAAACAGGCCGAGCGCAUCUACCACUCCAUCACGGAUCUGCUCGAUCUCAAACAAAAACACGCCAAUGCCUUUGAAGCACGCUUUGCCCGUGAUCAGGCUGCUGGUACAACCCGCCAGAGCAAGACAAUUAUGGUCUUCACUAUUGUUACUAUCGUCUUCCUGCCGUUGUCGUUUAUCGCCUCCAUCUUCACGAUCAACCUGAAAGAAUUCGAGAACUUGAAUCUCAGUUAUGUGUCAAAGUAUACCUUUGGUAUUGGCUUUGCAAUCUCCAUCCCACUUGUCUGGGUCGCUCUCACGGUUGAUGAUAUUGGUGGUUUCUUCCGUGUGGGCGGGCGGCGCUGGAUGUCUAACCGGGAGAAGGUGUCUGCGAAGAGUGAACGGGGUGAGGACACGCUCCAGGCUUUGGAGAUGGAGAAAAUUAUAAGCUUGUCGCGCAUGCGGAGGAGCAUCGAUGUUGGAUAUGGUGGUAGUCUGCUACCUGUUUCUACACGCGACACGGGGGCCUCGAGACGCCCUGAUCUAUACGUCGGUGGAUUAGGCAAUGGCACUGUGCAAAAAAGUUACGAUCUGCGGUCUAGCCUGGACUACAGAUCACGAUGA